AAGUUAGAACUGUGGAUUACUCAUAACACACUGUCAAUUGAGGAUAAAUAAAUUUGUAUUAAAAGGAAAAUUACAUUAAGUAAAUCAUUUAUUUUAAAAACAAUAUUAAUUUUGUUAACCUGUUAACAAUGCCGGCGGUGCCUUGUAAAACAGGAUGUGGCAAAAAUGCUAUGUUAAAGCGGCCUAAAACUGGAGAUGCGCUAUGCAAGGAGUGUUUCUUUUGGGCCUUUGAAACAGAAAUACAUUUCACAAUAACAAAAGGGGAAUUAUUUAAACCAGGUGACUCUGUGGCUGUUGCAGCCUCUGGUGGAAAAGAUUCUACAGUGCUUGCUCAUGUCUUAAAGACUUUAAAUAAUAGAUACAAUUAUGGCCUUGACCUCAUGUUACUGUCUAUAGAUGAAGGUAUAACAGGAUAUAGAGAUGAUAGUCUUGAAACUGUUAAAAGGAAUAGAGAUGAUUAUGAAAUGAAUUUAAAAAUAUUAUCAUACAAGGAUUUGUAUGGAUGGACUAUGGAUGAGAUAGUUGCCCAGAUUGGUAGAAAGAACAAUUGUACAUUUUGUGGUGUAUUUCGAAGGCAGGCUUUAGAUAGGGGAGCAGCAAUGCUUAAUGUAAAGUGUAUAGCUACUGGUCAUAAUGCUGAUGACAUAGCUGAGACAGUCCUUAUGAAUGUAUUGAGAGGAGAUAUAGCUAGGCUGAAUAGAUGUACUGCUAUUACAACUGGCAGUGAGGGAACCAUACCAAGAGUAAAACCUUUGAAAUAUACAUAUGAAAAGGAAAUUGUAAUGUAUGCACAUUACAAGAAGCUAGUAUACUUUUCAACAGAAUGUGUUUUUGCACCAAAUGCCUAUAGAGGUCAUGCAAGAGCACUUCUUAAGGAUUUAGAAAAGAUUAGACCUUCAUGUAUUAUGGAUAUCAUAUAUUCAGGUGAAACAUUAUCUGUAAAAGAAGAAGUAUCUAUGCCAACUUUACGAGUGUGUUCAAGAUGUAAGUUUGUAUCUUCACAAGAGGUUUGUAAGGCAUGUGUACUUCUAGAAGGCUUAAAUAAAGGCUUACCAAAACUUGGUAUCGGCAAAAGUUCAAAGGCAAAGAAAAUGUUAGAGGAAUAUAAUGCAAAACAAAAAGCUGAAAUAGACAAAUUAAAUUAUGAGUUUAAGAAAAAUAACUGUGUUUCUAAGGGUAAAAUAUGCAAGUCCAAGUGUAAUAAUAUAUCUAAUGGUAAGAAUGAUGAAUGUAAUGAUAAUUGUAAAUGCACAACUGAAUUAAAUUUACCUCUCAAUCCAAAAAUUAACAAAUUAUUAGAAGAGUAUGGCUUACUGGAUGACAAUCAAGAACAAAGUUUAAAUCAAGAUCUAACUAAAAAUGGGAAUAGUGACUUAGAAGAAAAUACCUGUGCAGGAGCUUGCGGUGGAAUUGAUGGAUUUAGCAUAGCUUUUUGAUGUCACAAUUAUGUAUAUACAAAAAGAAUAAAUAUAUAUAUUGUAUAUAAAUUAAACUUUAUUUAUUAAAA